AGGCGUUAUCCAUUUUGAACGAAUGAAUGUGCUCUCCAUGACCAUGUGUGUGGUUUGCUGGUAAAUGUAGAACUUGUUCGCUAUCGAGAAUAACCUUGGUCUGUGCUUUCCUUUAGCUGGCUAUCCAGCUAGCUAAUUUCAAUCAUGCAGGCUGCUAUGGAGAUCACGGCUCGGUUCUGCCAUAAAGAGAUGGAAGAGUAUGGAGCUUGUGUAUCUUCUAACCCAUCAACAUGGCAGGAUACGUGCCAAGAACUCAAACUUAAAGUGGCACAGUGUACAUCAUCACACCCGGUGAUUCAGAAGAUCCGAACCGACUGUGCCGGACAGUUCAUGGAGUUUGAGCGUUGCCUGCGAGAGAACCAGUCCUCUGCCCAGGCCUGUUCGCCACAUGUAGCACGCUUUGUAGUCUGUGCUGAGUCGGUUGACAUUAGCGCAGUUGCAGCGGAAGUACCUCAACCAUCAUAAGAGCUGCAAGCACCGCUUUAAAAAUGAAAAACUUCAGUGGUGUCCCCCAAAAACUGGUGCAUUUCAUGAACUGGUUUCUGUUCAAUACUUUUGUAAUGUGACGACACCCACUGCUGAGCAACUCGGCAUCUAUUCAAACAGCAGCUGUUUGCACAACCAUAUUUACACUCUCUACAAUGAGCCAUGCAUUUGUUUAUUUUAUACAGACUACUCUAUAAGUAUUGAUUUCAUAAAAUAAUGUGUCAGACCUGGCAAUAAAUGUAUUUUCUACAUACAAAUAGUCAAAGUCAUGUUUGACUUAACAGUAUCUAAGCAUCAGAAUUGUGCAAUACAUUUGUGACCUGAGAUAACGACAAAUGGCCAGAUUACAAUUUAUUUAUGAUUUAGUUGUAAGGGGGAUAAAGACACAAGUCCGAUUAACGUGUUCAGUCUAGGCGUGACUGCAUUCAAUGGGAUGCUAGAGUAAGAAUUGUCUUUGGUGGUCUAGUUGCAUGUCUUGAAGAAAUGUUUGGAGUUGUAGGUGUUGAUGUCAAAAUGUUAUUACUCUGUUUGCCUUACCUUUCAAGAUGAGCGCAUAGCAAUUAUGUACAUCCUCAUUACAGGGGCUUUGGUCCUCUUGACUUACAAGAGGAGCAUCUUGAAAUGCUGUUCUGCAAAUUCUGUCAUAUAUUCAUAAACACCCCUCCCCUCUGCCCCCCCCAAAACAUUGUCUCCAUGUAAUAUUUAACUAAGGAAUGUGUGUGCUCUUUCUCAAUCUGGCCUCCCACAGGCAGUAAGGAUGAAAGGAUCAUAGAGGGGGUUGUGGAGUCACGCUCUCUUUGAUCACUAACAGUUCAUCCUCUACAGCAUAACUUUAUACUGCUUGAAAUCGUCAAUAGACAUUACUGAUCAACUUCUCGAAUGUUGCACUUUCCAACCUGUUC